GUUUUUCGGGUCGUGUCCACCAACGGGCAGGGAACCCGCCAAAUGGCCGCAGAACAGCCACCGCAGCAGAGGACGAUGGAAUUGAAGAAUGUCGACAACAUCUGGGACGUUCUAAAGAAUGCCAUCCAGGAGAUCCAGAGGAAGAACAACAGUGGGCUAAGCUUUGGGGAGCUGCACACGGUUGCCUACAUCAUGGUGCUCCACAAGCAUGGAGAGAAGCUCUACACAGGCCUGAGGGAGCUCAUCAAUGAGCACCUCAUCAACAAAGUCCGGGAAGAUGUCCAUAACUCUUUAAAUAAUAACUUUCUGCAAACACUGAAUCAGGCCUGGAAUGACCAUCAAACGGCCAUGGUUAUGAUCAGAGACAUCCUCAUGUACAUGGACCGAGUCUAUGUUCAACAGAACAAUGUGAAGAAUGUGUACAACCUUGGCCUCAUCAUAUUCAGGGACCAGUUGGCUCGCUACGGCUGCAUUCAAGGCCACCUGCGACAGACGUUACUGGACAUGAUCGCACGUGAGAGGAAUGGAGAGGUUGUAGAUAGGGGUGACAUCAAAAUCGCCUGCCGGAUGCUAAUGAUUCUGGGCUUGGAUGGCAGGUCUGUAUAUGAGGAGGACUUUGAGGGCCCUUUCUUAAAUAUGUCAGCUGAAUUCUUCCAGAUGGAGAGCCAAAAGUUCCUUGCUGAAAACAGUGCCAUUAUCUACAUAAAGAAGGUAGAGGCCAGACUCAAUGAAGAAAUUGAGCGAGUCCUGCACUGCUUGGACAAGUCUACAGAAGAGUACAUUGUCAAGGUGGUGGAACGGGAGCUAAUUUCUAAUCACAUGAAGAAAAUUGUAGAGAUGGAGAACUCGGGCCUCGUCCAUAUGCUCAAGAAUGGAAAGCUAGACGACCUGGCAUGCAUGUACAAGCUGUUCACUCGUGUGCCAAAAGGCCUGAAAACAAUGUGUGAGUGUAUGAGCUCUUACUUGAGGGAGCAAGGCAAAGCUCUGGUGUCAGAAGAAGGAGAGGGCAAGAACCCUGUCGACUAUAUACAGGGCCUGCUAGACCUGAAGACACGAUUUGACCGUUUCCUCCUCGAGUCCUUCAACAAUGACAGACUCUUCAAACAAACUAUAGCUGGCGACUUCGAGCAUUUCCUCAAUCUCAAUACUCGCUCUCCAGAGUAUCUAUCACUCUUCAUCGACGAUAAGCUCAAGAAAGGAGUCAAAGGGUUAACAGAACAGCAUGUGGAGUACAUCCUUGACAAGGCCAUGGUGUUGUUCAGGUUCAUGCAGGAGAAGGAUGUGUUUGAAAGGUACUAUAAGCAGCACCUGUCUCGCAGGCUGCUCAGCAACAACAGUGUCUCAGACGACUCAGAGAAGAGCAUGAUCUCUAAGCUCAAGACAGAAUGUGGCUGUCAGUUCACCUCAAGACUGGAAGGAAUGUUCAGAGACAUGAGCAUCUCCAACACCACCAUGGAUGAGUUCAGGCAACACACACAAACCAUGUCGGCGUCCUUAAGUGGUGUGGACCUCAUAGUUAGAGUCCUCACCAGCGGCUACUGGCCCACACAGUCUGCAACCCCAAAAUGCACCAUCUCCCCUGCUCCUAGACACGCAUUUGAAGUCUUUAGAAGGUUUUACCUCGCUAAGCACAGUGGCAGGCAGCUUACACUGCAGCACCACAUGGGCGGGGCAGACCUCAACGCAACUUUCUACGGAGCUGUUAAAAAGGAGGAUGGUUCCAAAGUGGGUGUGGGAGGUGCCCAGGUGACAGGCUCAAACACCCGCAAGCACAUACUGCAGGUUUCCACCUUCCAGAUGACUAUCCUCAUGCUCUUCAACAACAGAGAAAAGUGCACUUUCGAGGAGAUCCAGCAGGAGACUGAUAUCCCCGAGCGGGAGUUAGUGCGGGCGUUGCAGUCUCUGGCCUGUGGGAAACCCACACAGAGGGUUCUCACCAAGGAGCCAAAGUCCAAGGAGAUUGAAAACGGACACGUGUUUACAGUCAAUGAUCAGUUUACUUCCAAACUGUACAGAGUCAAAAUACAGACAGUUGCUGCUAAACAAGGAGAAUCAGACCCCGAAAGGAAAGAGACACGGCAGAGAGUGGACGAUGACAGGAAGCAUGAGAUAGAGGCAGCCAUUGUCCGAAUCAUGAAGUCCAGGAAGAAGAUGCAGCACAAUGUCCUGGUGGCGGAGGUGACUCAACAGCUCCGGGUGCGUUUUCUCCCCAGUCUUGUGGUUAUCAAGAAGCGUGUAGAAGGACUCAUAGAAAGAGAAUACUUGACGAGGACGCCAGAGGAUCGUAACGAGUACACCUAUGUUGCAUAGAAGAGAAACUGUGGUUUUGAGGAGAAAGAGACUGGAAGGGGGGGAAUGGGAUUUGUUUUUUCUUUGAACUGGAAGUUUUUUUCAAACAAACCAUAGCUGGCGACUUCGAGCAUUUCCUCAAUCUCAAUUCUCGCUCUCCAGAGUAUCUAUCACUCUUCAUCGACGAUAACCCCUCUCCCUCCCUUAGGAUAUGUGCUGUCCUAACAGUGACACAAAUUAAAUAAAUGAUGGUUGUCAAUUAGCAGCCGCAAACAAGUAAAUAUUGAAUAAUAUUAUUAUUUUGAAUAAUCCCAACUUUUAGCCUGCAAAGUGGUCACUUACACCUGUAGAAAAGAGAAAAUAGAAACAUAGGGUGCAAACAUAAUAGAUCGUAGAAGGUGAUACAGCAGUACAGACACAACCCUAUAAAUAAUAGAUGAACAGUUAAUGAAUUGAUAGAUGUAUUUCACUUGAUGCCCUAUUUUGGGUGAAAAAACAACAAAGUGACACUGGUUGCUUCACUGACAGCAAACAACAAAGAAAGGGGUGUUGCCCAUUUUACUGGUCUUAUUGUGGACAUUCUUUAGUAUGGGUGAUGAUUCAAAAAUAGGUUUAAGUGUAAAAUGGUCAAAUGGAGAUAUACAAAUGUUAUUUAUAAUUAUUACCUCCAUAACACGUGAAGAGGUGGUCAUCCUGCUUCCUCAGUUUUAUAAAAUGGGCAGUCUGCUCCUUGCUCCGUGUAAUAUCAUAAAAUGUUAGAAUAAGUUGUCUUUCACCACAACAUAAGCAAACUCAGCACAAUAACCACGGCGAGCUACGCAGUGUAAACUAUCCCAACGUGCUAUACUUAGAAAAAGUAGAAUUCGACUGCCUGAAAACAGGCAAAGUUCACCUGUCAAAUGUUUCCAGGGGACCCAGAAAGUGAUGAACCUCUCUCUCUCUCUCACUCACUCACUCACUCACUCAAACUGGCAAAGUCUCCCUCUCCCUAGA